CCUUGCCCUUUCCCAAGAUGGCAGCAGUUGACUCCGGCCGGGGCGGAGCUGCCCGUGAAGGCCGAGAAGCCCGCCCGCCCCCGCUUUCCCUUGAGCAAGAUGGCGGCGCCGGGCUCUAUCGCCCCGCCCCGGGGCUGGCGGGCCGCGCCGUCACGUGCCGCGCGUUGCCGGGCAGUGCGGAGUCGCUGCAGGGACGGUGCGGCCGCCGGACGGGGAGAGAGCGGAGCUGGAGCGGCACCGGGAGAGAGAUCGACAUGGAGAUGGAGAUGGGCUGCGCGGCGCUGCUCUGGGGCACGAUCCUGCUUGGCUGCAGCUGCGGCCCGGGGCCCCCCGGGGUCGGUGCCGCUCCGCUCGUGASGGACACCUACGUGCUGGACGACACCGACGGGCUGGGCAGGGAGUUCGACGGGAUCGGGGCUGUCAGCGGCGGCGGGGCUACGUCUAGACUUCUGGUGAACUAUCAAGAACCUUAUCGCUCCCAGAUUUUAGAUUACCUGUUCAAGCCAAAUUUUGGUGCUUCUUUACAUAUUCUCAAGGUAGAGAUUGGAGGUGAUGCACAGUCAACAGAUGGUACUGAACCCUCCCAUAUGCACUAUGAAAAUGAUGAGAACUACUUCCGGGGCUAUGAAUGGUGGCUGAUGAAAGAAGCUAAAAAGAGGAACCCCCAAAUUAAACUGAUUGGAUUACCUUGGGCAUUUCCAGGGUGGAUAGGGAAGGGUGAAAACUGGCCCUAUGACUAUCCAGAUGUCACUGCUUACUAUAUUGUUUCUUGGAUAUUAGGAGCAAAACAGUAUCAUGGUUUGGACAUUGAUUAUAUUGGGAUAUGGAAUGAAAGGGCAUUUAGUAGCAAAUACAUUAAGCUGUUGAGGUACACAAUGGAUAAGCAUGGUCUGGAGCAGGUGAGGAUCAUAGCCAGCGAUAGACUGUGGGAGCCCAUUUCCUUUGUCAUGCUGAUUGACUCUGAGCUCCAUGGAGUGGUCGAUGUGAUUGGRGCUCACUAUCCUGGGACAAAAACAGUGAAAAAUGCCCUAUUAACUGGGAAGAAACUGUGGUCUUCAGAAGAUUACAGUACUUUCAAUAAUGAUGUUGGUGCAGGCUGCUGGGCUCGGAUCCUGAACCAAAACUACGUGAAUGGAAACAUGACCUCAACAAUUGCAUGGAACCUGGUGGCUAGUUAUUAUGAAGAGUUGCCCUUUGGUCGAUGUGCWUUAAUGACAGCACAAGAGCCGUGGAGUGGCCACUACAAAGUUGAAUCUCCUGUCUGGAUUACAGCACACACCACACAAUUUACUCAGCCAGGCUGGUCAUACUUGCAAGUGGAUGGACACUUAGGAGGAGGUGGCAGUUUUGUAGCUCUGACAGAUGGUCUAGGGAACCUUACCAUCAUCAUUGAAACUAUGACUCACAAUCACUCUAAAUGUAUCAGGCCCCCAUUGCCGAAUUUCAGUGUUGUACCUCAGAGAGCAACUUUCUACCUCACAGGGUCAUUUUAUAUGGUGGAAACCCUGCAAGUGUGGUAUUCUAGACUUGAUUUUGAAUAUGGAAACUCCAUUCUUUUCCAGAAACUCCAUCCUGUAAAGGUAUGGAAGGGAAGAUUUUCUUUAGAUCUAAAUGUGGAUGAAGUCUACACUUUAACCACACUCAAGACAGGACGGAAAUGUCGUUUUCCAGAGCCGCCCCCUCCUCAGCCCUUUCCUUCAAAUUACGAAGAUGAUUUCAAUAUACGUAAUCCACCUUUCAGUGAAGCCCCAAAUUUUGCAGAUCAGACAGGUGUAUUUGAAUACUUUGUAAAUGCUUCUGACCCAGGAGAUCAUGUGUUCACACUCCGCCARGUGGUGGUUCAGCGGCCCAUCACUUGGGUUUCUGAUGCAGACCAGACCAUCAGUGUCAUAGGAAAUUUUAAGUGGGUAAACAUGACAGUCACUUGUGACAUCUACAUAGAAAAGCCACGUGAUGGAGGUGUGUUUAUUGCAGGAAGAGUUGACAAUGGUGGGAUAUAUGUUCGACGUGCCAAAGGAGUUUUCUUCUGGGUUUUUGCAGAUGGCACCUACCGAGUCACUGGUGACUUAGCUGGACAAGAAGUAUUAAUGAAAGGACUUUCUGGUGUUCGGGAUAAUGCAUGGCACACACUUACUCUCAACAUUCAGGGCAAUUCYGCCUCAGGACUGUUAAAUGGUUAUCCGCUCUGGGAGAAUGUCACCAUUUCUAAACCAAAGAAUGGCUGGGCUGCUCUCGGAACUCGUUCGUUUGAGUUUGCGCAGUUUGACAACUUUCACGUUGAAGCUUACUGAGGUGGCUUUGGCAUUUGGAGAGCCUGGUUCUCAUGUUGCUUUGAAUAAGAGCCRAGUCAAACUCAUAGGAGGGCUGAGUGCUAAACUGUGAUUGAUCUGUUGGCAAAGAGUCUGGAUUUGGUCCGCAUUAUUUGUUAAAGAUUUACUUGAGUAGAUAUCAACGUAACUGUAGCGCUGUCCCCCUGUUGCUGUGGGAUUUUUCCCUUCAGUUUUUGGGGGUAGAUUUUAGUUCAAGAUAAUGAUGAAAACAAAUUCUUGGAUUUAAUUGUCUUUUAAUAACAUUUUAACUUACCAGCUCACUUCUAAGRUAACUUUAGAAGUUAACAGAAGACAGAUGCAUCUUAAGCUGCAUUUUUUAACACUUCCACUAUUAUGUCCAUUCCUUUCACUGUGAAAAAAAGAAUUAAGUGCCAGUAAGUUKUAUGAGCCAAUGGGCCCCAUACUUUUGUAGAUCUAUCAUUCUCUAAUUUCAUUUAGAUAAGGUACCUAGAUUUCCUAUAGUAAAAAAAAGAUGUUUUGUCUGUUUUUUGCUACAGUCUGAGACUAGUCAUUACACUACUCCAAGUGCAUUUGAUUACUUCCUCCAACUUUCAUUGCCAGGCCUGAAAUAUAUCCUAUUUUCAGUGGAAUGCAAAUGUGCCUUAUGACUGAUCAAGCAGUGCAGGAUGUGGCUUACUUCUAAUCUACCUCCUCUUUCCAAUAAAAGACAUGGAUUAAAAGAUACCAUAACUUACAGUUUCUUGAUGAUAAUCUCAUGGGGUUUUUUUGCAUGAUGCAAAGAAUAAAAACGUUGCAUCAUGAAUAUUUUCAUGUCAGGUCACAUAUGGAAACUGUUUUUUUGAUCAUAGAAACUUGGGUGACCAUCUCUUACUUUUGAUGGAUUUAGAGCUUUGAAUAGAAAAUAAAGCAUAGCARUGAUAUUUAGUUUAUUAUAUUACUGUGGCGCAGAGGAGAUAUGGAUACUAUCACUUCCUGGUAUAAAAGAAAUUAGGAAAAAAAUCAGUCUUUACCCGUAAGAGUUUGCUGUCUGAUCUUGUGGUGACAGUGGGUGGACACAGAUGGAAUUGUUUAGUGUGCCAAGCGGUGGUAAUGACACAAGAAUGUCUGUUUUUAAACUUUUCCUAGUUAUCAUAAAGUUCAGAGGAUAAUUUGAAUCCUUGGGAAAGGAGGGAUUCUGUUUUGCUGUUGCUUAAUUAUAUUUUUUCCCAGGUUUCUUUGUUAUUAAAAAAAAUUAAUUGAAAAUAUAAUGAGGUACUGAAUGGGCUUUUCUUCACACACAUUUGCAAUUCAGUUGGCUCCAGAAUUUUUCUUGUUUGUUGGUCAGUUUGAAUGAAGAUGAUGUCUAUUGCCAUAAUGAAAUAUGCCUCCUGUGURCAUCUUCUUUUCAAUUCACAUCCUAUUUAACUGACAAGCAAGUUGUUCCACAGACUUGAUAGGGCUCUAGUAGCUGUAUGAGGCCAUUUGUAGCAGGCAACAUCUUGAGAAAAAGAUAUGCAGUGUACUUUGAUUUAUAGAGAUUAUUCUUCUGAUCCCUUUUAUUUUGAAGGAUGAUUCUAAUAAUUGUUAACUUCAGUCUUGAAGUUGUCAUCUAAUAUAAAGUUAAUGUAAUACAAAUCAUUCCUGGAAAAUUUUUAUAAACUUUAUCUUCCAUUUUCAUUUUUGGAGAAAAGUUUUUUAAUUCCAUCUCUAGUGAGUAAAAAUUUUUUAUCUUUUAGGUAUUAUAUCCUACUUAUUCAUACUUGCAAAUUUCAUGCAUGCCAGCGACCUUGAGAAUGGUUUAAACCAUUAAGCUUUAAAACUCUUAUAGAAGGCUUCCAAAUAUUAAGUAACUAUUUACUUAAGCAGGUGAAAACUGAAAGGUAUUUUUCUGUGUAAUUUUCAAGUAUGGAUCUGUAGCAGAUCUGUUCAUUACUUGCUUGAUUUCCUGAGGAAUGUCACUGGUCACUCCACAUGCAAAAGAAUCUAAUUUUAGGUCCUCAUAUUAAAGUAAUAUGAGCAUAAUAAAGUCUGAGUAGAUUUAUUUUAGCUGUGAUGGAUUUUUGUAGUUGGAUACUUCUUGGAGACUUCYUGGUACCUUCUGUGGCUGCAAGCAGUGUUUGUGUAAGAGUGAGCUCCACAAUGAUGCAGUUAUUCCAAAGGAGCUGUCCAUUUUUUCACCUUCUAAUGCACUAGUGUAAUAAACUACUGCUAUAUUGUGUACUAAACACAAUGUAUUUUAUCAUUGGAAAUGUUGAUUUCUUUUUUCCUGGUUUUAAUUUACAAUGUUUGAGGAUUAAAGUGUUUUGAAUAAGUGAUUUAAUGGUGACAUAAUGUUAUUCAUCUUUAUAUGUCUGUAAUUCUUCACCCUUCAGUGGACUGUAAUAUGUUUGGCAAUAACAAGCUGUCGGGUUUUUCACCGAGGGGUGGAUUUAUGUUGAUUAUAAAUGCUAAUUAUUCCAAAUGGACAAAUAAAACACAUAAAAACUCUUUUAUUUG